AUGGAAAAGAACGGUGUCUUUUCGCGAGUCCGUUCUCGCUUCCGGAGUAUCUUCUCAAAGAAGAGCAGCACUGUCAAACUACGCGAUUAUAAUAGCGGAUUAUUGGAAAUUGAGCGAAUUAUGUCGAGUCCAGAUGGCGAGGUGGCUGGAACUAUUAUGGCUGUUUCGACUGUCGAAGUGAAUGAGUUGCCAAAUGGCGCCGGAAUUGCGUUGACACAAGAAACAUCGUGUUUUGAUCAUGGAGAUUUUGGCGCGAAACAAUUGAGUUUGACCGCCCUUUCGAAAACACCAAUUGUCAUUUCAACAAAAAGCAAACGAUUUCGACGACUUUCUUCGGGCGAUUUGAAUUUGGUGAGAAGAAUGACUGAAGAAAUACAUUUCGAUUUAACGGUUAGUAUUUUUUUAGCAAAUCUAGUUGACAAGGGAAAUUUUUCAACUUCAGCGCGAAAAAAUCAUCAAAAAUCUUGAGAUCCCUUUUUCAUUUUUUGCAGAACGUGAUCUUUGAUGGCAACGAAAUCACAUCUGAAACAAGCAUCGAUGGAAGUGAGCAAACCUUCUUCAAACCUGGUCCAACAAAUCCAACCGACCAGCAAAUGCUAUUUCUGAAACAUUGUUUGAAGAAUGUCGAAACACGCCCACCUAAUAUGAAUUAUAUUGCACAACGAUGGACAACCAAUAAUUUCGAAGGUCUUUUCAAAUAUAUGAUGAAGGGAACUGAUUGUGUUACACCCACUUUUUUGCGGAUUGAAUUGGCUGAUUGUAUUCCAUCGUUGAAAUAUAUCAGGGAGUGCGUUUUUUGGGAGAAAUUUAUUCUAAAAAGUUUUGUGAAUUUUCACGCGAGGGAGUGAAAGUUGAAACAGUUCUUUUGUGAUCUGUGAAUUAAAAUUGACACGUCAUAGCUCACUUUUGUUUCUCUCCAAACCAUAACCAGUGUAAUUAUUGAUGUUUGAACAAUAUAAUCCGUGUUCAACAAAAAACUACAAAUUAUGCAAUUAUUUUUCGUCACACUAGAAUUGAUCAUUGAACUUUUAACUGUUCUUCUUUUUUCCAGCUUCCUCUCACAAUACUCGAAUUUCAAAAAUUUCAACAUUGAAUACGAAUAUGUUUAUGCGACGAUUCAUUCGAAAAAUGUAAGAAUCUAGGCGCGAAAAAAUUUCAGCAAAAAUCUCAUGAUUUUCAGAUCAGCCGUGAGCAAAAGCUUCGUGGAGACAUCAAACCAUUUCUGGAAAUUGAGAACAAGUGUCGGAAAGCGAGAAUUUCGUAUUUGACACAUUUUGUGUUGACAAGCCAAUCGACGCCGAAUAUCACGGUUAUUUUGAGAUUUUAUUGCUUGAAACCGUGUACGAAGAAGAUUUCGCCGAUGAGAAAUGGAAUUGUUGGUUUUUUAAAGGAAAAUUUGAUUUAAAAAACAUUUUGCUGGAAUUUUUUAUUUGAAUUUUUCACAUAAAAAGUUUGAAAUUCCAGUAAAAAUGAAAAAUAAUCACAAAGAUCACAAAGAUUAAUUGUACUAUUUCCAGAUCAUUCAACUCGAGCAAUUAACCGGUCACAUCCACAAUCCAGCUCAUAAUGAGACAAACAUCAAACUCGAUAUGAUUGAUUGCUCAUGUGAAGAAAACGUGGAAGCCUCAGAUGAUCUCAUCGAUUUAUCCGAAACUUUCGAUGAAGUUGAUAAUGAUCAAUCAUAUAUGACUGCAGAUCAAACUGAUUUCAACUCGACAGCUCGUCUUGAAAUCAACGAAGCUCGCGAAUAUUUGGAAAUGUUUCCACUUUUGCACGAUUUAUUUGAUCGAGCCGGUGUUUGUGAUUUGGUUGAUGAUGAUACUGUUGCUGAUGAAUCAUCUGAUGAGGAAGAAGAUUCGGAAAAUGAAUGUGAUUAUGGAGAAGAUGAGGACGAUUCAUCUGAACCUUAUGCUGAUUCGGAAUCGGAAGGAUCAGAUUCAGAUUCUUCAGAGGAAAUUCAAUCAUCAGAAACAUCUUCGGAGUCUGAAAAAGAUGAAGAAAAUGAUAAAGAAUCGCCGAAAAAAGUGUGUUGCUUCUAGAAUACAUAGCUGUGCCAUAAUUUCCAAUUUUCCCUCUCAAAAAUUGCCAAUAUAUUGUUUCUACACUAAUCCUCUCAACUAAUAUAUACAUUUAUAGCUUGAUAGAUGGUAUAUUUAUCUCAUUGCAUAUUAAUCUCAUGAAUUACUAUGAUCUCCAUUUCCCCCCAUUUUUUGUCUGUGAAGUAAAAAAAUUUUAAAAAUUGUCUUGUUUUUUUUGUUGUUGAAAUUAAAUAUAGGCGUGACCUUGUUUUUUCUUGACACUAUAAAAACUGGAAAUUUCAGGAUUUGCUCAUUUUUUUGUGAGAUUUGGAAUAAUUGGAAUAACAACACUUAAUUCGUUAUGAAGAAAAAUUCGUCACGUGGAUCGAAGGAGAAUAAAAAAUCGGAUUCGAAUGAACCUGCAGAUAAGGAAAAGGAUAAAAGUUCGAAAAAUAAUAAAUCGGAAACAAGACGAAAAAGAUCGGAUUCGUCAUUUGGAGAAAGAAAACAUCGAACAAUGUUUGCGACGAAAAUUGGGAAUUUGUUGAAUAAAAUGAGAAGAGAGAAAUCGAAGAAUGCGGAGAAGAAAGAGGUGAAAAAUGAGCCGGUGCAGCCACAGAUUGUGAAAUGUGAAGCGGAGAUUCCGCCCGUGCCAAAGGUUUGAUUUUUUUUGUUUUGAAAAAUAUAUGAUUUUCACUACGGUACGCAUUUUUGUGCAUUUGUGCGUCGCGGUGUUUACACACUCGCUUGUUAUUUUAUUUUCAGCUUGUAACUUUUGCGCUCCAGAAACAAUGAGUUCUCCUGAUUCCUCUUGACUAGGAAGUACGCUCAAAACACUUAAUAUCUAAUGUGUGAACACCGCGACGCACAAAUGCACAAAUAGCGUACUGUAGUAAAAUUUUUAGCGCGAAGAAAAAUAAUUCUAAAUCACAGGGGUUUUAUUACUACCGAGAAUUAAUCACGUACAAAACAUUUUAUCUGACGACAAAAAACCUCCGCAAACAGCGAGCUACGUGGCCGACAAAAAAAAACAAUAGCGUGUGGCCGGCCUCGCGAGAUGUCGGUCGCUGCAAACACACAUAUAGCCCGACUUUUUUCUUUUUAUUUGUGUGUCUUUGAGCCAAAGGGUUUUCAAUUUUCUUUUUGAAAAUCUGAAAACCUAAGCUCCGCCCACAUGUCUGUGCGGAAAAAUAUGGGCGGAGCCUAUUUGCUCGAUUACAAUUUUGCAUUGACUCGGUAGUGAAAAAACCCCUGUGUAAAUGAUUUUCAGAAUACUCCGAGUAUUUCGCGACGAAAACCAACUCGAAAAUCCUCCGAUCGGAAACCGAAAAAUUCAUCAAGCGGCGAAAAAACAAGUCCACCACCGCCACCUCCACCAAAACCAGGAAAAUCAUCAAAAACCUCGAAAACCACGAAACCCUCGAGAAAAACAUCAAGAACUUCGGAAACGACAAAUUCCAGCAAAGCCCCAAAACCGAUUGAUCCUUCAAAAGUCGAAAAAUCGAUCGAAAAUCUGAUUCAACAAUUGGAACCAAAAUGCACAGCAGUUUUUGAAGAACAAUGGGAAUAUAUUGAUAAUGUUGAAGUUUAUGAUAAUGAUUGUUUAGCAUUUCUUGAACAUCAAGAUUGGAAUCAAGCUGAAGAAGUUGAAUGUUUGGAUUCGAAUCGUGUGAAAUUGGAUAAAAUCGAUACUCGAAACUAUGAUUAUAUUCAUGCGAGUCAUGUUGAAAUCAAAGGUGUUGCUCGAAAAUUUAUCCUCGCUCAACUCCCAAUUAUUUCACCAAAAAGACUUGGCGAUUUUUUCGCAAUGAUUUAUCAAGAAAAAUUGCACAAUCUCUAUUUCCUAUGCUCACCAGAAGAGUCGAAUCGAACCGAUAAAUUGUUCAGCGAAUAUUUUCCAAUGCGUGUUGGAGAUCAUGAAAAUUAUGAGCAAAUUUGGGUGCAUAAUCGGAAAUUUGAAGCUGGCACCGAGAUAUCGAAUGAUAUUCAUACUAUUGAAGUUUUACCGAAUGGUUGCGCGGAAUCUGUGAUGAUUUGUUUACAAAUGUUGGAUUAUUGGGCAGAUCGAGAUAUUGGAGCGAAAAUUAAACGAGUUUUGGGAAGUGCAGAAAGUGUUUUUGGAAAUGCUGAUGCUUAUGAGGAAGAUCCAAUUGGGAUUUUGAGUAAACAAGGAUCUGGAAGAGCUGGAACUUAUUUAGCGAUUAUUUGCGCGAUUUAUUUGGUAAAAAAUGGCGAGAAUAUUAAUGUAAGAACAAUUUUAGAUAUCUUUCAAAACCCAUCGUGAAAUCUUCCAGCUCAAAGAAAUGUGUCGAUCAAUUCGUGAGCAACGUCCUGGCGCAAUCGACAAUUAUUUCCAAUUUGUCUUCAUUUAUCAAUGUGUUCUCAAAUUCGCUGAAAAACAUGUGAACAAGAAAAUUCGGAUGAAAAUCGAGAAAAUUCUCCAUCAAAUCGAUUUUAUAUUGGCACACAAAGCAGCGACUGCCAAAAAGGUUCCUCUUCCCACUGGUGAAUAA